GUGUUAACGGACCACGAACGAGCGCUCACAGCUGAGGCGAAUGCGAGUGGCAGCACGCGCCCGCUGUCACGCCCGCCAGCGGGCGCACCGCUGCCGCCAGGCAGCUUGUUCGUGGUGCACGAGCCGCAGGCACUGUCGCCGGUGCAACGGGAGCACCGUGCGCGACGGCCGCAGUCUCUUUCAGGACUGCCUGCAGAAGCCGCACAGCGUGCAGGCGCAGCAGCACUAGCAGCGGCGGCGGCAGGGGCGGAGGUGGCGGCAGCAUUCAGCAACUGCGGCCAGAACGUGACACAUAUGCAGGGCAUAGACGACGUUGACUUGUCGCCAACGCCAGCAGAUUCGCCGGCGUUGCGCGCGGUGUUUCAGGACGCCUGCGCCGACGAGCGUGCCCUGCAGCUGCUGCUGGACGGAUGGCCACUCGCGUCAUGCACGGAGCAGGCCCCGCAGUCAGACUAUCAGCCGGAGUGGCCGCUGCGCGUGCACGUGAAUCGGUUUCCUAACGGCACGGGCGCAUGCCCGACCGGCAUGCAGAUGCUCAGCUGGAUCCAGCUGCAGCUGCAGCGAUGGUACCCACCAGCGCCGGACGGCACCGAAGACUGCAGCGCCCAGGCACCACACUUCAUUCUGGACAUGUUUGACGCGUGGCAGCGGCACACAGUCAACCAGCAGGUGGCGGUGCGCUUCAAGCUGGACCCGCAGCUCAUCAUGAGCCUCGGCGACAUGGGGCCGGACACGCUGGUGGAGGCAGCCGACGUGCUUGCAGCAGGCCUAUCACGGACGGAGCAGGCCCAGCGGCUGCACGGAUCACCACCGGAAGUGGAGCAGCUCGUGCGUGGAGCGCGCAUCACGGGCGCCCAUGUGGUGGGCUCGCCUGGCUCCUAUGCAGCACUGCGCAGCCGCGCGUACGGGCUGUGGGCUGCGUACGGCCCACCCAGCGCCAGUGUGACGCUCAACCCCGCAUCGGUGCACUCAGAUGCCACGUUCACGCUGAUGGGGCGUCCGUACACCUUCGACGUGCGGACAGGCGCGCCGCAGCAUCGGCCCAUGGCCGCGGAGCGGUGGGACCUGGUGGCGGGGCACCCGCUCGCGUGUGCCGAGUCCUUUGAGGCGUUCAUGGACGCGUUCUGCGACGUGUUCCUCGGGUGGCCAGCAGGAUCAGAUGUGCAGCAACGUAGUAACUGCCUGUUCGGGCGCGUUGACGCCUUCUUCUUCAAGUUCGAAAUGAAUCAGCGUGGAGAGCUGCACGUGCAUGGCUGUAUCUGGCAGCCAGGGCUGCAGCCAGCACGCCUGCGAAAGGCGCUAGCGGAUCCGCGGAGUUGUCCCGACGUGCUGGACUUCCUGGAGUCCGUGCAGACGCAGUGGUUCGCCUCGCCGCUGCUGUUCAGCGGCGGCGAGCGACCGGUCCACGCUCAGAAGCUCAGCACCGAGCAGCUGCAGGAGGUGGCUGAGGCGGCUGGCAGCGAGCGCUUGACGGAGCUGCAGCGGGACGUUCUCAGGGAGGUGCUGGUGGAGGUGAAGGCCAGGGGGGCUAUGGAAGACGCAGCCGUGUCUUGUCGGCCGCCUCUACAAUGCAGCAGCUUGACUGAGGCGGAGCGGCUUGGGUUAUUUGCUGCGCACGCGGUCCUGGAGACGCUGCUGCACGCCCAUCGCGACGGCACGUGCACCACGUCACACAGCAAGCAUGCCACGGACAGCAACUGCCGCAUGCGGCUGCCUCGGAUGCUGCACUGGCUCACCACGUACCUGCACGAGCAGUCGGUGUGCGUGCAUCUCAAGCGGUAUGGCCGCUACAUGGUCUCGCAUAUGGUGGCCCUGCUGCUGGCGGUGCCUUGCAAUCACACCGUCACGUUUGCGUGUGAUGUGGGGCGCUGGCUGCGCACGCGCGAGCUAUGGGAUCAGCGGCACGAGGGCAUUCCGCGCACGGACCCUGUGUGGGAGCGACGGCCGCAGCUGCCCAGCCUUGAGCAGCUGGCCGCGGACGCAGCGGACUAUGCCCUGAAGUAUGCCACCAAGUCUGAAGCAGUGCAGGGCAGCAGGGCCCUUAUAGCUGCAGCCACUAUGCUGCGGCGGCGCAUGCACCUCAUGACCCCAGAGCAGCAGGCCGGGAUUGAGAGCGAGCACCUGCCGAUCCAGGACGUGCUGGAUCAGCUACGGCAUCCCUUCGCUGCCUUUGCGGACGCCAGCGCCUCUGCCUGGGCGCCCUGGCCUCCUACUGCAGGUGUGUCAGCUGCAGGCGAGAGCAGCACGCCGGCACAGGCGCAGUUGACGGCGGAGGUGACGGCACGCGCACAGCAGUCCGCGACUGUGGCCGCGCUGCGCACUGCGCGGCCUGUCGGCGCGGCUGCGGUGCAACGGGAGGGGAUGUUCAACCUUGCGCACGCCAUCAACCUGUUAACAGCCCAGCAGACGUUCUCCGCUCCAGCAGCGGCGCUGCUGCUGAUGCGGGGCACCGACGCGCACGAAAGCCACCAGUUCAGGGCCAUCGAUUACAGGAUGUUCUCGCAGCAUGUGCAGUCACAGCUGAAGCGCGCGGACCCGGAGCUCAGGCCCAGAGACGCCGAGCUGCGGCUUGUGCGUACAAUGGGCAGCGUUGGAGCGGGCGGGAGUGCCAGAGGGGAAGGUCAGGUUCCGGCCGCCAGCACAAUCGCUAGCGAUGUCCCAGGUUCCGGGCCCAGCGGAAGCGUGCAGCAGCUAGAGCAGCUCGCCGUUGCACCUGCUCGUUACCGGUCAUCAAGCUACCUGAAAGACUACCUGUACCGCGGCGAGGCGCUGCGCGAGCUGUCUCCUAUGAUGAUGGCCAUGUUGUUUUAUAAGCACUCGGCCGGGCCAGAUGGAGCGCAAGGGCACCAUCUGCGCCUGCAUCCCGCGCACCCAGAAUACAGUAAAUGCGUGUGGCGGCGCAGGCUGCGGCCGUACGUGCCGCAGCCGGUGUGUGACCCCGUUGUGCGGCCUGCGGACGGCGUGGACGAUCCGCAGGUACUGGAGCGCUAUGCAGUGUUUGCGCUCGCGAACUUCGCCGCCUACAGCUGUGACGACAGGCUCGAUCUCAGCAAUGGCGCAUGGGCAACUUAUCAGCGGUGCUUUGCACAGCCGGCGCACGGCCAGUCGCUGCAUGUGCGCAUCGCGUGCCGUAUGCUCGAUCACGUGGAUGGGCUUGCGCGCGUGCGAAUGCGGGCGGAGGAGCGGCGGCAGCUGCAGGCGGAGGCGGAGGGCACCGCUGAGGAUGCGGCGGAGGAGGCACUGUUGGAGGGCGUGCCGGUGGAGGGCAUGGACGACCUGGAGGCAGAGCCGCAGGAUGAUGAGGAACCCGAUGUUAGGCGCAGCGCAGCGCCCGCAGCGGAGCUCUGGCAGGGUUGUGCGCUAUCGGAAACGGAACGGGCAGGGCUGCUGCAGCGCGUUGUGCACAGCGGCCUGGGUGGCGGUCUGACUACAGAGGCGACCACCGUGGUUGCCCAGAUCCCGCGCGCCAAUGCAUGGCCAGCGGUUGGGCGUACAGCGGCGGCGGCAGUAGUGCGCAGCACGCAGGAGUGGACGCACGAGCGGCUGGCUGCAGCACAGCAACGCAUGCAUGAUUACGACCUAGGCGGGCAGUACGCCGCACAGGCGCUCGCGCAGGCGCAGGGAGCAGUGCAGCAGCAGCUGCUGCUUUACAACAGCGGCACUGCGGCAGUGACAGCGAAGCUGGUGCUCAUCUCGCCAUUGGCGGUUACCACAGCCGCCCCAGAGGUGCAGGGCGUCUGGCCUGACGCAGCGAACCCUGGUGCAGAGCCGCCGUACGUGCUUUGCCCAGAGGACUCGCAGCCGACGCCUGAAGACACAGCGCGGUUAUGGAACCUCAGCGACGACCAGCAGCAGGCAUUCAUGCUGUACGCGCAGCUCCUGCUAACAGAGGCCGCCGGCGUCCGUCAGCCCCCCGUGUGCUCGGUGCUCACGGGCAAAGCCGGCAGCGGCAAGUCGCGGGUGCUGCAGGCAUUGCUGUGGUUUGCAUACCAGCAUCGCUGCGAGUCUCUCAUUGCCCUCGUGAGCUACACGUGGCGCGCCGCGCUGCAUGACUCUACGCCAGGCGUGCUCGGCACCAGCACCACGUCCUUCUUUGCAACUGCUGGCACCUUUGGUCCGCCUCACCGCGAUCGAGUGGAGCGCAACCUCAAUGGUGUGCGCUUCAUUUUCCUAGAUGAAGGCACGUGGGUAUAGACAGCACGCACUUAUAUCACGGGCCGCUGUCAGAUUUGCAUGGCCUGCUUGUUGGCGACUUGCGUCAGUUGCCACAGCCACGGCACGUGCCGCUAUAUAGCGGUGCUGCCGAGGAGAGCUUGCGGCGGCUGCUGGCGCCGGGCGUGGGGGACGGUGGGGCCAUGGAGCGCCAGAUCCGGCAGCUGGAGCAUCCGGAGGGCAGCAUGAACCUCAUGGGGCGGGAGCUGUGGAAUAUGGUGCCGUUCGCGUUCGUUCUCACUCACCAGCAUCGGCAGCAAGCAGGCGUAGGUGACAGCGACGAACCUCUCUUCAUGCUAGCGGAGAAGUUUGGUGGCGUGCAGGAAAUCUCUCAGGCAGACCUGGACACAGCGUGCCAGCAGCUCAAUGCUCGUGUUUGGCAGCCCCCGAAGCCAGGGAUUGACCCCGUGCCCCAGCCCUUUGCAGUUGUCCAGCGCCAUGUCGUGCGGGUUCCACUGGCAUUGCAGCUCGUGCAGCUGCAUGCGCUCGCGCAGCGUCAGCAGCUGCUGCUGUGGCGUAGCGCGGACUUGUCGCCUGACGGCAGCAGCUUACCUAUUUCGCAUGUGCAUCAAUUAGAGGCGCUUGGCGGGGCCGAGGAUGAUAGCGGUGUGCCCGCUGUGUGCGCAUUCUUUGCUGGUAUUCGUUACGUAUUUACAUCAAAUGAGCAUGUGCGUCUGUAUCACAUCAACAACAACAGUGCCACAGGCACCGGCAUUGUUCUGCAUCCCAACGAGCCACCAUUGCCAGAUGCAAGCAUUGCCCCCGUGCAUGUCCUCAAGUUCGUGCCCUCAGCUGUAAUGGUGCGCCCCGACGGGCCUGAUGCGGGUCGGGUGUCUGUUGAUCAGGCCCUGGAUGUCGGGGAGAUUCCUGUUUUACCGUGCAGUGCUAUGUUCACAUCGCAGCAUGCAACCCUGCGGUUGCCUGUGAUGCGCUGGGGCUUUCGUGUGGAGCUUGCGUAUGCAGUCACCGAUUACUUUGCGCAGGGGCAAACUCUGCCACCGCACGAACUGUGGCUGGUGGAUAUGUGCAAACCGCAGCACGGUAGUUGGCGGCGGGCUUCCAUUUACGUAAUGCUCACCAGGUUUCGUGGGUUGCAUGCCUUGCAUUUAGUGCGCCCGCUGUGGGCCUCACGGGCAGAAGAGCGCCGGGUUAAAAAGGCGCUGCGUACCAUGCUAAUGCCCGAGGCAGAUCUAGCUGCAGAGUGGCAGCGGCUAUUGAGGCUCUCGCAGAGCACAGCAAUAGCGGUGCCAGGUAUGAUUGAGCGCAUUCAGGCGAGCAUGGGUGUCUCAUAACCGAGGCCUUCCAUGCAUGCAUGGUUGCAACAUCUGGCAUGUGGCGCUGAACGCUGGGUUGUCCUGCGUCCCGGCCAGCACGGAUAGCGUAGUGCUUUUAACAUGCGCGAGGUGUACUGACAGAUGACCUGGAAGCGCGGAGUACCUUGUGGAUGGUGAGUGCUGAUUGCAAUUUACAGCAGUGACUUUCUUGUUGGUGUUUGGUGUGGUGACCAUCAUGCUUGGCUUCGCUGACUGGACGUAUGUCACUGAGCUGUUUGACAGGCAGGCGUACAGUAACGUGUAUGUUCGGGUUUAGUUUCUACCUGUCCUGUCUCUGCGUGAAGCUGGGGUAUUGUUUAUCUGCUUGCUUGUCGUGCCUUGGAUUGUUGCGUGUUUACAACAGGUUGAUGUGUGGCGUGGUUAAUCCCUUGCACUUUGAUGAGGUUAUUGUUAGCCAGCUGGUGUUCGCACAGGAAAUUAGUGGUCAAUGAAUAGUCGAC